GGCCUCGGCGGCGCCGGAGCGGGAGCCCGGCUGGGAGGUGGCGGUGCGGCCGCUGCUCUCCGCCUCGUACACGGCUUUCGAGAUGCGCGAGCUGCCGCAGCUGCUAGCUUCGGUCAUCGAGAGUGAGUCUGAAAUCUUGCAUCACGACAAACAAUACGAACCUUUCUACUCGUCCUUCGUUGCGCUUGCAACACACUACAUCACCUCCGUGUGCGGACUGGUACCUAGAAAUCAGCUGCAGUCCGUGGCUGCGGCUUGCAAGGUCCUGAUUGAAUUCUCCCUGCUGCGACUGGAAAAUCCAGAUGAAGCAUGCGCCGUUUCCCAGAAGCACCUGAUUCUCCUGAUCAAAGGCCUCUGCACCGGCUGCAGCCGCCUGGACAGGACCGAGAUCAUCACGUUCACGGCCAUGAUGAAGUCGGCCAAGCUGCCUCAGACCGUGAAGACCCUCUCUGAUGUGGAGGACCAGAAGGAGCUGGCCUCUCCCGUCAGCCCCGAGCUGCGGCAGAAGGAGGUGCAGAUGAACUUCCUCAACCAGCUGACCUCCGUCUUCAACCCAAGGGUGUCCGCAUCUCCGGCCGCCCCACAGAGCCCGGGAGAAGGCGAAAGCGACGACCAGGCGUCGGCGGAGAAGGCCUCCGCGGCCAGGACCAAGAGCAUCUUCGUGGCGCAGAACGUGGCCAGCCUGCAGGAGCUGGGCGGCUCCGAAAAGCUGCUGCGCGUCUGCCUCAACCUCCCGUACUUCCUGCGCUACAUCAACCGCUUCCAAGAUGCCGUCUCCGCCAACGCCUUCUUCAUCAUGCCGGCCACCGUUGCCGAUGCCACUGCAGUCCGUAACGGGUUCCACUCGCUGGUGAUCGACGUGACCAUGGCGCUGGACACCCUCUCCCUCCCUGUGCUGGAGCCGCUCACGCCCACGCGGCUGCAGGACGUCGCUGUCCUGGCACUCAGCUGUCUCUACGCAGGCGUGAGCGUCGCGACCUGCAUGGCCAUCCUGCACGUGGGAACCACCCAGCAAGUCCGCACGGGGUCCACCAGCUCCAAAGAGGAAGACUACGAGAACGACGCCGCCACUAUCGUGCAGAAGUGUCUCGAAAUCUACGACAUGAUCGGCCUGGCCAUCAGCAACUCACGCCGUGCGGGCGGGGAGCACUGCCAGAACUUUCAGCUGCUCGGCGCCUGGUGCCUCCUGAACAGCCUGUUCCUCGUCCUGAAUCUCAGCCCCACGGCGCUGGCGGAUAAGGGGAAGGAGAAGGACCCCCUGGCUGCCCUGCGGGUGCGGGAUAUCAUCGCGCGGUCCAAAGAGGGAGGCGGCUCUCCCAAGCUCGGACCUGGAAAAGGGCAUCAGGGCUUCGGUGUCUUGUCCGUGGUGCUGGCAAACCACGCCAUCAAGCUUCUGACGUCCCUCUUCCAAGACCUGCAGGUGGAGGCCCUUCACAAGGGCUGGGAGACGGACGGCCCCCCCGCCGUGCUGAACGUGAUGGCCCAGAACACGUCGAUCCAGCGGAUCCAGCGGCUGAUUGAGUCGGUGCCCCUGACCAACCUGCUGCUGACCUUGCUGUCCACGUCCUACAGAAAGGCCUGCGUGCUGCAGCGGCAGCGGAAGGGAUCCAUGAGCAGCGACGUGAGCGCCUCCACGGACUCCAACACCUACUACGAGGACGAUUUCAGCAGCACUGAGGACAGCAGCCAAGAUGACGACAGCGAGCCCAUUCUUGGGCAGUGGUUUGAAGAGACUAUCUCUCCGAGUAAAGAGAAGGCGGCGCCGCCCCCGCCCCCCCCACCGCCCCCCCUGGAGAGCUCCCCUCGUGUGAAGAGCCCCAACAAACAGGCCGCGGGGGAAAACGGGAACAUCCUGGCUAGCCGCAAAGAUCCGGAGCUGUUCUUGAACCUGGCGUCCAACAUCCUCAACUUCAUGACGUCCUCCAUGCUGGGCUCCAGGAACAAUUUCAUCCGCAACUACGUGAGCGUCUCCCUGCUGGAGCAGCACAUGGCCACGCUGGCCAGCAUCAUCAAAGAGGUGGACAAGGACGGCCUGAAAGGCACCUCGGAGGAGGAGGAGUUUGCGGCCGCGCUGUACCACUUCAAUCACUCCCUGGUGACCUCCGACCUGCAGUCCCCCGCCUUGCAAAACACCCUCCUGCAGCAGCUGGGGGUGGCCCCCUUCUCCGAAGGGCCGUGGCCCCUCUACAUUCACCCCCAGAGCUUGUCCGUGCUCUCCCGGCUUCUCCUCAUCUGGCAGCACAAAGCCAGCUUCCAGGGGGACCCCGACGUGCCGGAAUGCCUUAAAGUUUGGGAGAGGUUUGUGGGCACCCUGAAGCAGAACGCCUUGCAGGGGAGCCUUCCCAGCGACACGGAGGACCUGAACGUCGAGCAGCUGCAGCUGCUCCUGCUGAUCUUCCACAGCUUCUCCGAGAAGGGCCGGCGGUCCAUCCUGACCCUCUGCAUCCAGACCAUCCUGGAGCUGGCAGCCAACCUGGACUCGCAGCUGCGCUGCGUCCCCCUCCUGCUGGCCCGCCUCCUCUUGGUCUUCGACUACCUGCUGCACCAAUAUUCAAAGGUUCCCGUGUAUUUAUUUGAACAGGUGCAGUACAACCUCCUAACGCCCCCCAUCGUCUGGGCCAGCGGCUCCCAGGACGGCAGCCGGCGCGGGGCUUCCCCGCUCUAUCACGGCUUCAAGGAAGUGGAGGAGAACUGGACCAAGCACUGCUCCUCAGAUGCGGUCCCUCAGCCGAGAUUCUACUGCAUUCUCUCUCCGGAAGCGUCCGAAGAUGACCUGAACCGCCUCGAUAGCACGGUGUGCGAGGUCCUGUUCUCGAAGGCCACCAAAUACGACGACCUGUACUCGGCCCUCACCUCCCUGCUGGCAGCUGGCUCCCAGCUGGACACGCUCCGCCGGAAGGAGAAGAAGAACGUGACUGCGCUGGAGGCCUGCGCACUCCAGUAUUACUUCCUGAUCCUCUGGCGGAUCCUGGGGAUCCUGCCCCCCUCCAAGAGCUACAUGAACCAGCUGGCCAUGAGCAGCCCGGAGAUGACCGAGUGCGACAUCCUGCACACGCUGCGCUGGUCUUCCCGCCUGCGCAUCCCCGCGUACGUCACCUGGAUCAAGGAGCACCUGGUCAAGCAGGGCAUGAGAGCCGAGCAGGCCGCGUCCCUCGUCGAGCUGACCUGCUCCAGGUGCAGCUCCGUGAAGUACGACGUGGAGAUCGCGGAGGAGUACUUUGCCCGGCAGAUCUCCUCCUUCUGUGGCAUCGACUGCACCACGAUCCUCCAGCUGCAUGAGAUCCCCAGCCUGCAGUCCAUCUACACCUUGGAUGCGGCCGUCUCCAAGGUCCAGGUCUCCCUCGACGAAUUCUUCUCCAAGCUGGCCGCCGAGACGGACCCGCACAAGUCCUCCGAGGUCACCAAGAACCUGCUGCCUGCCACCCUGCAGCUGAUCGACACCUACGCCUCCUUCACCAGGUCUUACUUGCUGCAGAGCCUCUCCGAGGAGGGCUCCCCCGAGAACAAGCCAACGGCCGAGAAGCUGCGGGGCUAUGCUGCCGUCCUGGCCAUCGGCUCCGGCCGGUGCAAGGCCAACACGCUGGGGCCGGCUCUGGUCCAGAACUUGCCUUCAUCCGUGCAGUCGCUCUGUGAAUCCUGGAACGGCAUCCACACCAACGAGUUCCCAAACAUCGGCUCAUGGCGGAACGCCUUUGCGAACGACACGAUCCCCGCCGAGAGCUACAUCAGUGCGGUGCAGGCGGCCCACCUGGGCACCCUCUGCAGCCAGAGCCUCCCCCUCGCGGCCUCCCUCAAGCGGACGCUGCUCUCCUUGGUCCGGCUGACCGGGGACCUCAUUGUGUGGUCGGACGAGCUGAACCCGCCGCAGGCGACCCGGGCCCUGCUGCCCCUCCUCCUGGAGACCAGCACGGAGAGCGUGGCCGAGAUCAGCGGCAACUCCCUCGAGCGGAUCCUGGGCCCGGCCGAGUCCGACGAGUUCCUCUCCCGCGUCUACGAGAAGCUCAUCAUGGGCUGCUACAACAUUCUGGCUGAUCACUCCGACCCCAGCAGUGGCCUGGAUGAAGCCAUCCUGGAGGAGUGCCUGCAGCAUCUGGAGAAGCAGCUGGAGAGCAGCCAGGCCCGGAAAGCCAUGGAAGAGUUCUUCUCGGAGAGCGGGGAGCUGGUCCAGAUCAUGAUGGUGACGGCCAACGAAAGCCUCUCGGCCAAGUUCUGCAACAGAGUCCUGCGGUUCUUCACCAAGCUCUUCCAGCUGACGGAGAAGAGCCCCAACCCCAGCCUCCUGCGCCUGUGCGGCUCCCUGGCCCAGCUGGCCUGCGUGGACCCCCUGCGCCUGCAGGCCUGGCUGACCCGGAUGACCACCUCGCCCCCGAAGGAGUCCGACCAGCUGGAGGUGGUGCAGGAGAACCGGCAGCUGCUGCAGCUGCUCACCACCUACAUCGUCCGUGAGAACAGCCAAGUCGGAGAAGGCGCCUGCACUGUCCUGCUGGGCACGCUGAUCCCCACGGCCACGGAGAUGCUGGCGAACGGCGACGGGGCCGGCUUCCCCGAGCUCAUGGUCGUCAUGGCCACCCUGGCCAGCGCCGGGCAAGGGGCCGGGCACCUCCAGCUCCACAGCGCCGCGGCCGAGUGGCUGGGCCGAUGCAAGAAAUACCUGUCUCAGAAGAACGUCCUUGAGAAAAUGAACGCAAACGUCAUGCACGGCAAGCACGUGACCCUCCUGGAGUGUACGUGCCACAUCGUCUCCUACCUGGCCGACGUCACCAACGCGCUGAGCCAGUCGGGCGGCCAGGGCCCCAGCCACCUGUCGGUCGACGGGGAGGAGCGCGCCAUCGAGGUGGACUCGGACUGGGUGGAGGAGCUGGCCGUGGAGGAGGAGGACUCGCAGGCGGAGGACUCGGAUGAGGACUCCCUCUGCAACAAGCUUUGCACCUUCACCAUCACCCAGAAGGAGUUCAUGAACCAGCACUGGUACCAUUGCCACACCUGCAAGAUGGUCGACGGUGUCGGAGUUUGCACCGUGUGCGCCAAGGUCUGCCACAAGGACCACGAGAUCUCCUACGCCAAGUACGGCUCCUUCUUCUGCGACUGUGGCGCGAAGGAGGACGGCAGCUGCCUGGCCCUGGUGAAGAGGACGCCCAGCAGCGGCAUCAGCUCCACCAUGAAGGAGUCGGCCUUCCAGAGCGAGCCCCGCGUCCCCGAGAGCGUCGUCCGGCACUCCAGCCCCUCGCCCACCGACAAGGCCAAGGCCUCCGUCAGCGAGGGCCGGGGGCCCGAGGAGGAGAAGCCCAAGAAGAGCAGCCUGUGCCGGAACGUGGAGGGCUGCCGGGAGCAGCUGCAGGCCCAGGCCAACUUCUCCUUCGCCCCCCUCGUGCUGGACAUGCUGAACUUCCUGCUGGAGGCCAUCCAGGUCAACUUCCAGCAGGCCUCGGCCAUGGGCAGCAGCACCCGGGCCCAGCAGGCCCUCAGCGAGCUGCACACGCUGGACAAGGCGGUGGAGAUGACGGACCAGCUGAUGGUGCCGACGCUGGGCUCCCAGGAAGGGGCUUUCGAGAACGUCCGCAUGAACUACAGCGGCGACCAGGGCCAAACCAUCCGGCAGCUGAUCAGCGCCCACGUCCUGCGGCGCGUGGCCAUGUGCGUGCUCUCCUCCCCCCACGGCCGCCGCCAGCAUCUGGCCGUCAGCCACGAGAAGGGCAAGAUCACUGUGUUGCAACUCUCCGCCUUGCUCAAGCAAGCGGAUUCCAGCAAGCGGAAGCUGACCCUCACCCGCCUGGCGUCCGCCCCGGUGCCCUUCACCGUGCUGAGCCUCACGGGGAACCCCUGCAAGGAGGACUACCUGGCUGUCUGCGGGCUGAAGGACUGCCACGUCCUCACCUUCAGCAGCUCCGGCUCAGUCUCCGACCACCUGGUGCUCCACCCCCAGCUCGCCACGGGCAACUUCAUCAUCAAGGCCGUGUGGCUGCCGGGGUCACAGACGGAGCUGGCCAUCGUCACGGCGGACUUCGUGAAGAUUUAUGACCUCUCCGUGGACGCCCUGAGCCCAACGUUCUACUUCCUGCUGCCGAGCUCCAAGAUCCGGGACAUCACCUUCCUCUUCAACGAGGAGGGCAAGAACAUCGUCGUCAUCAUGUCCUCGGCCGGCUACAUCUACACGCAGCUCAUGGAGGAGGCCAGCAGCGCCAAGCACGGGCCCUUCUACGUCACCAGCGUCCUCGAAAUCGCCCACGAGGACCUGAAGGACAGCAACGGGCAAGUGGCCGGAGGCGGCGUCUCGGUGUAUUACUCCCACGUCCUGCAGAUGCUCUUCUUCAGCUACUGCCAGGGCAAGUCCUUCGCCGCCACCAUCAGCCGCGCCACGCUGGAGGUGAUGCGCCUCUUCCCCAUCAGUAUUAAGAGCUCCAACGGCGGCAGCAAGACCCCCCCGGCCCUCUGCCAGUGGUCCGAAGUGAUGAACCACCCAGGGCUGGUGUGCUGUGUGCAGCAGACGACGGGCGUCCCCUUGGUGAUGAUGGUGAAGCCGGACACUUUCCUGAUCCAGGAAAUUAAAACCUUGCCGGCAAAAGCCAAGAUCCAGGACAUGGUGGCCAUCCGCCACACGGCCUGCAACGAGCAGCAGCGCACCACCAUGAUCCUGCUGUGCGAGGACGGCAGCCUGCGCAUCUACAUGGCCAACGUGGAGAACACCUCGCACUGGCUGCAGCCCUCCCUGCAGCCCAGCGGCGUCAUCAGCAUCAUGAAGCCCAUCCACAAGCGCAAGGCGGCCGCCACCACAAACCGCACCUCCACCCAGGUGAGCUUCCCCAUUGACUUCUUUGAGCACAACCAGCAGCUGACGGACGUGGAAUUCGGCGGCAACGACCUCCUGCAGGUCUACAACGCCCAGCAAAUCAAGCACCGGCUGAACUCCACCAGCAUGUAUGUCGCCAACACCAAGCCGGGCGGCUUCACCGUCGAGGUGACCAACCACAACAGCACCAUGGUGAUGACGGGCAUGCGGGUCCAGAUCGGGACGCAGGCCAUCGAGCGGGCCCCGUCCUACCUGGAGAUCUUCGGCCGCACCAUGCAGCUCAACCUGAGCCGGCCCCGCUGGUUCGACUUCCCCUUCACCCGGGAGGAGGCGCUGCAGGCCGACAAGAAGCUGACCAUCUUUGUCGGGGCGUCGGUGGACCCCGCCGGCGUCACCAUGCUGGACGCCAUCAAAAUCUACGGCAAGACGAAGGAGCAGUUUGGCUGGCCGGACGAGCCCCCCGAGGACUUCCCUUCGGCCUCGGUGAGCAGCGUUUGCCCCCCGAACCUGAAUCAGGGGAAUGGCACCGGAGACGUGGAAUCGGCUGCCCCCGCAGUCGCGAGUGGCACUGUUCUCGAGAGUUCUGAAAUUGAAUCCCUAACCAUCCUGGACCGGCUAGUCGUGAGUUCUUUAGAAGCGCUGGAAAGCUGCUUUGCUGUCGGACCAGUCAACGAGAAGGAGAAGAGCCGGGCCGUGGCCCAGGAGCUGGCCACCCAGCUGCUCUCCAUGCCGGCCCCCUCCAGCGUCCAGCAGCAGACCAAGAGCUUGCUGGCCAGCCUGCACACCAGCCGCUCGGCCUACCACAACCACAAGGACCAGGCCUUGCUAAGCAAAGCCAUUCAGUACCUGAGCACCUCCAGCAAAGAGGGGAAGGACCUCGACCCAGAGGUGUUCCAGAGGCUGGUCAUCACCGCCCGCUCCAUCGCCAUCAUGCGGCCCAGCAACCUGGUCCACUUCACGGAGUCGAAGCUGCCGCAGCCCGAAGCAGAAGCCGGCGAAGAGGGGCAGGAGGCCCAGAAGACCGCCGAGGGCGAGGGCUGCACCUUCGUCGCACAGCUGGUCAGCCACUUCUGGAAGCUUCACGCCUCGAAGCCCAAGAACGCCUUCCUGGCCCCCGCUUGCCUGCCAGGCCUGACCCACGUGGAAGCCACCGUCAAUGCCUUGGUGGACAUCAUCCACGGCUACUGCACCUGUGAGCUGGACUGCAUCAACGCCGCCGCCACGAUUUACAUGCAGAUGCUGCUCUGCCCGGACCCGGCCGUGAGCUUCUCCUGCAAGCAGGCGCUGAUCCGCGUGCUGAGGCCCCGGAACAAGCGGAGGCACGUGACGCUGCCCUCCUCCCCCCGCAGCAACACGCCCAUGGGAGAUAAAGACGACUAUGACGACGACGAUGCCGACGACAAGAUGCAGAGCUCCGGGAUACCGACCAGCGAGGACAUCCGGCAAGAAAGCCAGGAGCAGAACGAGGUGGACCAUGGGGAUUUUGAGAUGGUGUCCGAGUCGAUGGUGUUGGAGACGGCGGAGAACGUGAACAACGGCAACCCGUCCCCCCUGGAAGCGCUGCUGGCGGGGGCGGAGGGCUUCCCCCCAAUGCUGGACAUCCCCCCCGACGCGGACGACGAGACCAUGGUGGAGCUGGCCAUCGCGCUGAGCCUGCAGCAGGACCAGCAAGGGAGCAGCAGCAGCGCCCUGGGCCUGCAGAGCCUGGGCCUCUCCGGCCAGGCCCCGAGCUCCUCCUCCCUCGACGCGGGGACGCUGUCGGACACCACGGCAUCAGCUCCAGCUUCCGAUGACGAGGGAAGCACGGCGGCAACGGACGGCUCCACCCUCCGGACCUCCCCGGCUGACCACGGGGGCAGCGUGGGCUCGGAGAGCGGGGGCAGCGCCGUGGACUCGGUGGCCGGCGAGCACAGCGUGUCCGGCCGCAGCAGCGCGUACGGAGACACCGCCGCUGAGGGCCACCCCGCCGGGCCCGGGAGCGUCAGCUCCAGCACGGGUGCCAUCAGCACCACCACCGGGCAGCAGGAGGGGGAAGGCUCCGAGGGCGAGGGCGAGGCGGAAGGAGACGUCCACGCGAGCAACAGGCUGCACAUGGUGCGACUGAUGCUGCUCGAGCGGCUGCUCCAGACCCUCCCACACCUGCGCAACGUCGGCGGCGUCCGCGCCAUCCCCUACAUGCAGGUGAUCCUGAUGCUCACGACAGACUUGGAUGGCGAGGACGAGAAGGACAAGGGCGCCCUGGACAACCUGCUUGCGCAGCUCAUUGCAGAACUGUGCAUGGACAAGAAGGACGUGUCCAAGAAAAAUGAACGUACUGCCCUGAACGAAGUCCACUUGGUGAUCAUGAGGCUGCUGAGCGUCUUCAUGUCCCGGACCAAGUCGGGCUCCAAAUCAUCCAUUUGCGAGUCCUCCUCCCUGAUCUCCAGCGCCACGGCCGCUGCCCUGCUGAGCUCCGGCGCCGUGGACUACUGCCUGUACGUGCUGAAGUCCCUGCUGGAGUACUGGAAGAACCAGCAGAACGAAGAGGAGCCGGUGGCCGCCAGCCAGCUGCUGAAGCCGCACACCAGCGCCUCCCCGCCGGACAUGAGCCCCUUCUUCCUGCGGCAGUACGUCAAGGGCCACGCUGCCGACGUCUUCGAGGCGUACGCCCAGCUCUUGACGGAGAUGGUGCUGCGGCUGCCCUACCAGAUCAAGAAGAUCGCCGACACCAACCCGCACAUCCCCCCGCCGGUCUUCGACCAUUCCUGGUUCUACUUCCUGUCGGAGUACCUGAUGACCCAGCAGACCCCGUUCGUGCGCCGGCAGGUCCGGAAACUCCUGCUCUUCAUCUGCGGCUCCAAGGAGAAAUACCGGCAGCUCCGGGACCUGCACACCCUGGACUCCCACGUCCGCGGCAUCAAGAAGCUGCUGGAGGAGCAGGGCAUCUUCCUGCGGGCCAGCGUGGUCACCGCCAGCUCGGGCUCCGCCCUGCACUACGACACACUCAUCAGCUUGAUGGAGCACUUGAAGGCCUGCGCAGAAAUCGCCACCCAGCGAACGGCCAACUGGCAGAAGUUCUGCAUCAAGGAUGACUCGGUCCUCUGCUUCCUCCUGCAAGUCAGCUUCCUGGUCGACGAGGGGGUGUCGCCGGUCCUCCUGCAGCUGCUCUCCUGCGCCCUGUGCGGCAGCAAAGUCCUCUCGGCCGCCUCGUCCUCGGGCUCGUCUGGCGCGUCCGGCUCGGCCUCCGCCGGCACGGGGGCCGGGCAGCCCGCCGGGCAGAGCAAGGCCUCCACCAAGAAGAGCAAGAAGGAGGAGAAGGAGAAAGACCGCGAGGGGGACGGCUCUUCCGGCAGCCAGGAGGACCAGCUCUGCACGGCGCUGGUGAACCAGCUGAACAAGUUCGCCGACAAGGAGACCCUGGUGCAGUUCCUGCGCUGCUUCCUGCUGGAGUCCAACUCCUCAUCUGUCCGGUGGCAGGCCCACUGCCUGGCGCUGCACAUCUACCGGAACUCCAGCAAGUCCCAGCAGGAGCUGCUGCUGGACCUCAUGUGGUCGAUCUGGCCCGAGCUCCCGGCCUACGGGCGGAAGGCUGCCCAGUUCGUGGACCUGCUGGGCUACUUCUCUCUGAAGACGCAGCAGACCGAGAAGAAGCUGAAGGAAUAUUCGCAGAAGGCCGUGGAGAUCCUGCGCAUGCAGAACCACAUCCUCACCAACCACCCCAACUCCAACAUUUACAACACCCUCUCCGGCCUGGUGGAAUUCGACGGCUACUACCUGGAGAGCGACCCCUGCCUGGUCUGCAACAACCCGGAAGUGCCCUUCUGCUACAUCAAGCUCUCCUCCAUCAAAGUGGACACCCGCUACACCACGACCCAGCAGGUGGUGAAGCUGAUCGGCAGCCACACCAUCAGCAAGGUGACCGUGAAGGUCGGGGACCUGAAGCGCACCAAGAUGGUCCGGACCAUCAACCUCUACUACAACAACCGGACGGUGCAGGCCAUCGUGGAGCUGAAGAACAAGCCGGCCCGCUGGCACAAGGCCAAGAAGGUGCAGCUCACCCCGGGCCAGACGGAGGCGAAGAUCGACCUGCCUCUGCCCAUCGUCGCGUCCAACCUGAUGAUUGAGUUUGCCGACUUCUAUGAGAACUACCAGGCCUCCACGGAGACCCUGCAGUGCCCACGGUGCAGCGCCUCCGUCCCGGCCAACCCCGGCGUGUGCGGGAAUUGCGGCGAGAACGUCUACCAGUGCCACAAGUGCAGGUCCAUCAAUUACGACGAGAAGGACCCCUUCCUGUGCAACGCCUGCGGCUUCUGCAAAUACGCCCGCUUCGACUUCAUGCUGUACGCCAAGCCGUGCUGCGCCGUGGACCCCAUCGAGAACGAGGAGGACCGGAAGAAGGCGGUGACCAACAUCAACGCCCUCCUGGACAAGGCCGACCGCGUGUACCACCAGCUCAUGGGCCACAGGCCCCAGCUGGAAAGUCUCCUCUGCAAGGUGAACGAGGCGGCGCCCGAGAAGCCCCAGGAUGACUCCGGCGGCAGCGGGGGCAUCAGCCCCACCUCGGCCAGCGUGAACCGGCACAUCCUGCAGCUGGCCCAGGAGUACUGCGGCGACUGCAAGACCUCCUUCGACGAGCUCUCCAAGAUCAUCCAGAAAGUCUUCGCCUCCCGGAAGGAGCUGCUGGAGUACGACCUGCAGCAGCGGGAAGCGGCCAGCAAGUCCUCGCGCUCCGCCGUGCAGCCCACCUUCACGGCCAGCCAGUACCGGGCCCUCUCCGUCCUCGGCUGCGGCCACACGUCCUCCACCAAGUGCUACGGCUGCUCCUCGGCCGUCACCGAGCACUGCAUCACCCUGCUCCGCGCCCUGGCCACCAACGCCGCCAUCCGGCACAUCCUCGUCUCCCAGGGCCUCAUCCGGGAGCUCUUCGACUACAACCUGCGCCGCGGGGCCGCCGCCAUGCGGGAGGACGUGCGCCAGCUCAUGUGCCUCCUGGCCAGGGACAACCCGGAAGCCACCCAGCAGAUGAACGACCUCAUCAUCGGCAAGGUGUCAGCGGCGCUGAAGGGGCACUGGGCGAACCCCGACCUGGCCAGCAGCCUCCAGUACGAGAUGCUGCUGCUCACGGACUCCAUCUCCAAGGAGGACAGCUGCUGGGAGCUGCGGCUGCGCUGUGCUCUCAGCCUCUUCCUGAUGGCGGUGAACAUCAAGACCCCUGUGGUGGUGGAGAACAUCACCCUGAUGUGCCUGCGCAUCCUCCAGAAGCUGAUCAAGCCGCCAGCGCCGACCAGCAAGAAGAACAAGGACAGCCCCGUCGACUCCCUGACCACCGUGAAGCCCUACAGCAACGAAAUCCACGCCCAGGCCCAGCUGUGGCUCAAGAGAGACCCCAAGGCGUCGUACGAGGCUUGGAAGAAAUGUCUCCCGGCCAGAGGCAUCGAGGCCGAUGGGAAGUCGCCCAGCCGGACGGAGCUUCGCCACCUUUACCUGACCGAGAAGUACACCUGGAAGUGGAAGCAGUUCAUGAGCCGCCGGGGGAAGAGGACCUGCCCCCUGGACCUCAAGCUGGGCCAUAACAACUGGCUGCGGCAGGUCCUUUUCACUCCCGCCACCCAGGCUGCCCGGCAGGCGGCCUGCACCAUCGUCGAGGCGCUGGCCACCAUCCCCAGCCGGAAGCAGCAAGUCCUGGACCUCCUCACCAGCUACCUGGACGAGCUGAGCGUGGCGGGCGAGUGCGCCGCAGAAUACCUGGCCCUCUACCAGAAGCUCAUCAAGCCGGCCCGCUGGAAGGUCUACCUGGCCGCACGUGGCGUCCUGCCCUACGUGGGCAACCUCAUCACCAAGGAGAUCGCCCGACUCCUCGCCCUGGAGGAGGCCACGCUCAGCACCGACCUGCAGCAGGGCUACGCCUUGAAGAGCAUCACCGGCCUGCUCUCCUCCUUCGUGGAGGUCGAGUCCAUCAAGCGGCACUUCAAGAGCCGCCUGGUGGGGACGGUGCUGAACGGCUACCUGUGCCUGCGCAAGCUGGUGGUGCAGCGCACCAAGCUCAUCGACGAGACGCAGGACAUGCUGCUGGAGAUGCUGGAGGACAUGACGACCGGCACGGAGUCCGAAACCAAGGCCUUCAUGGCCGUGUGCAUCGAGACCGCCAAGCGCUACAGCCUCGACGACUACCGGACGCCCGUCUUCAUUUUCGAGCGGCUGUGCAGCAUUAUCUACCCGGAAGAGAACGAGGUGACGGAGUUCUUCGUCACCCUGGAGAAGGACCCCCAGCAGGAGGACUUCCUCCAGGGGCGCAUGCCGGGGAACCCCUACAGCAGCAACGAGCCCGGCAUCGGGCCACUGAUGCGGGACAUCAAGAACAAGAUCUGCCAGGACUGCGACCUGGUGGCCCUGCUGGAGGACGACAGCGGGAUGGAGCUUCUGGUGAACAACAAGAUCAUCAGCUUGGACCUCCCGGUGGCCGAAGUUUACAGGAAGGUCUGGUGUCCCACCAACGAGGGAGAGCCGAUGCGGAUCAUCUACCGGAUGCGGGGCCUGCUGGGAGACGCGACGGAAGAGUUCAUCGAGUCGCUGGACUCGACCACAGACGAGGAGGAGGAUGAGGAGGAGGUGUACAAGAUGGCGGGUGUGAUGGCCCAGUGCGGCGGGCUGGGCUGCAUGCUGAGCCGCCUGACGGGCAUCCGGGACUUCAAGCAGGGCCGGCACCUCCUCACGGUGCUGCUGAAGCUGUUCAGCUACUGCGUGAAGGUGAAGGUCAACCGGCAGCAGCUGGUCAAGCUGGAGAUGAACACCCUCAACGUCAUGCUGGGCACGCUGAACCUGGCGCUGGUGGCCGAGCAGGAGAGCAAGGACAGCGGUGGGGCGGCGGUGGCGGAGCACGUGCUGAGCAUCAUGGAGAUCAUCCUGGACGAGUCCAACGCGGAGCCGCUGAGCGAGGACAAGGGCAACCUCCUCCUGACGGGCGACAAGGACCAGCUCGUGAUGCUGCUGGAGCAGAUCAACAGCGCCUUCGUGCGCUCCAACCCCAGCGUCCUGCAGGGCCUGCUGCGCAUCAUCCCCUACCUGUCCUUCGGUGAGACGGAGAAGAUGCAGAUCCUGGUGGACCGCUUCAAGCCCUUCUGCAGCUUCGACAAGUACGACGAGGAGCACAGCGGGGACGACAAGGUCUUCCUGGACUGCUUCUGCAAAAUCGCGGCCGGCAUCAAGAACAACAGCAACGGGCACCUGCUGAAGGACCUCAUCCUGCAGCGCGGCAUCACGCAGAGUGCCCUGGACUACAUGCGGAAGCACAUCCCCAGCGCCAAGAACCUGGACGCCGAUGUCUGGAAGAAGUUCCUGUCCCGCCCGGCCUUGCCCUUCAUCCUCCGGCUGCUCCGAGGCCUGGCCACGCAGCACCCCGGCACGCAGGUCCUGAUCGGCAACGACUCGAUCUCCAACCUGCACAAGCUGGAGCAAGUCUCCAGCGACGAAGGGAUCGGCACGCUGGCCGAGAACCUGCUGGAGGCGCUGCGAGAGCACCCAGACGUCAACAAGAAGAUCGACGCGGCUCGGCGGGAGACGCGGGCGGAGAAGAAGCGCAUGGCCAUGGCUAUGCGCCAGAAGGCCCUGGGCACCCUGGGCAUGACGACCAACGAGAAGGGCCAGGUGGUGACCAAGACGGCGCUGCUGAAGCAGAUGGAGGAGCUGAUCGAGGAGCCCGGCCUGACCUGCUGCAUCUGCCGCGAGGGCUAUAAGUUCCAGCCGGCCAAGGUCCUGGGCAUCUACACCUUCACCAAGCGGGUGGCCUUGGAGGAGUUCGAGAGCAAGGCGCGCAAGCAGCAGGGCUACAGCACCGUCUCCCACUUCAACAUCGUCCACUACGACUGCCACCUGGCGGCCGUGCGGCUGGCGCGUGGACGCGAGGAGUGGGAGAGCGCGGCCCUGCAGAAUGCCAACACCAAGUGCAACGGCCUCCUGCCCGUGUGGGGGCCCCACGUCCCGGAGUCGGCCUUCGCCACCUGCCUGGCCAGGCACAACACCUACCUCCAGGAGUGCACGGGGCAGCGGGAGCCCACCUACCAGCUGAACACGCACGACACCAAGCUGCUCUUCCUGCGCUUCGCCAUGGAGCAGUCCUUCAGCGUGGACACGGGCGGCGGCGGGCGGGAGAGCAACGUCCACCUCAUCCCGUACAUCGUCCACACAGUGCUCUACGUCCUCAACACGACUCGGGCCACCUCCCGGGAAGAGAAGAACCUGCAGAGCUUCCUGGAGCAGCCAAGGGAGAAGUGGGUGGAGAGCGCCUUCGAGGUGGACGGGCCCCACUACUUCACCGUCCUGGCGCUCCACGUCCUGCCGCCGGAGAGGUGGAAGGCCAUCCGCGUCGACGUCCUGAAGCGGCUGCUGGUGGUCGCCCACGCGCGGGUGGUGUCGCCCGCGGGGGCCAGCAGGCUGACGGACAAAGCCGUGAAGGAUUACUCGGCCUACCGCUCCAGCCUCCUCUUCUGGGCCCUGGUUGAUCUGAUUUACAACAUGUUCAAAAAGGUGCCCACAAGCAACACGGAGGGGGGCUGGUCCUACUCUCUGGCCGAAUACAUCCGCCACAAUGACAUGCCCAUCUACGAGGCCGCUGACAAGGCGCUGAAGACCUUCCAGGAGGAGUUCAUGCCGGUGGAGACCUUCUCGGAGUUCCUGGACGUGGCCGGCCUGCUGUCGGAAAUCAGCGACGCGGACGUGUUCCUCAAGGACCUCCUCAACUCCAUCCCCUGAGCCUCCUGCCCGGCGUGACCACGCCAAGAGACCACGACCGCUCGCCUCCCGUCGUCCCCCCGGAUCCUGUCCCCAGAAGCGCGCAGUUACUUUGCCUCCGGUCCCCACCGCCCGCCCCCCCGGCCCUCAGCCCCGAUCUUGCAGUGAUGUUGGACUCCGGCUUGCCCGCCCCAGUGACCCUCCCGGCCCCCCGACGUUCUGCCUCGCGUGCCCUGAGCCACGGACCGAGCGUGGGGGUCCGAGGGAGGCAGCCAGCCCUCGGGCUUGACUGCUUGCGUGUGCGUGAGACCCUUUUACCAGUUAAUAAAUAAGUUAAGUGCA